AUGGAGGAGCAGGCCGUGGCUCAUACCGCCCUCUCUCCAAGCAAAUCCCACAUUUAUCCAUUAUUGGAAAAGAUCACUCAGGAAAGGCCCCCUCCAGCAGAAUCCCACAGCCCCACCAGAGUAUUUGGGGCCAUCCUCUCCAUUACGUUGGCCUGUGGAAUUAUCUGCAUCACGGUGGCAGCGACUGUCAGUUUCACCCAGGCUUCGCCCAAGCCUCUUUUGCAGGUAAUGCGAUUAAACUUCCAGAAUCGCCCGGGAUCCUUAAUGAACCAGUCAGUGGUGGUCAGCAAGGCCAAGAACACCAUCACCUACUACAUCACGUCUUCUAGCAACCAAACCACCGCCAUCUUGUUCGACUGCAAGAAUGGCUACGUCUGCUAUAAGCUGUCGGGGCACAGCAACUGUUACCUGAAGAGGAUGAAUGCCCAGGAUCAGGAUGCUGCCCAGGCCUCCUUCAACCUAUCAAAGCACAAGGAGGAUCCACCACUGCUUCCCAGCCACGCUUCCCAAUACUACCGUGAAUUCCUGGGGGUUGUGCCAGGGAGCCUGGUCGAGCCAGCGGAGGCCGGAGAGGCCGCCCGGGCUCUGUGCGAGCAGGUGCCCAUCCGCUGGGUUAAGAAGAAAGAUGAUCCUCCAAAGCAGCGGCUCAUCUACCUGUGCAUUGACAUCUGCUUCCCAAACAACAUCUGUGUCUCCAUCUGUUUCUACUAUCUUCCUGAGUGAAGCUCCAAAGAGACCGACUUCCGUGGUUCAGCUCGGCUGCGUUUGAACCGAAUCAGAACCUGAGGUCAUCCACGUCCCUGUGCUCGACCCGAAUCCUCCAGCCUCCCAAAAGAGCCCACCUUCUAAUUCAGAACUCCGGACCAGCCAGAAGAAAAACAACUCCACUUACAUGGUCAUCUUGUGUUCACCUCACUAUAUAUAUAUAUAUAUACAUAUAUACAUACAUUUAUGAAGUUUGUCGCUUUCAACUGUAACAUGUAAAUAAUUACUGCUGAUAGAAGUAGCUUUAUGGUGAAGGUAAGAUCCAUACAAGCAUUAUGUGAAAAAAAAACCCUCUUUUUUAAAAAAAACAUCAUGUAUGGGACGCUCUGAUUUGGGAUGUGAGCAUGUCGGGUCAGAGGGAAAAGUCUGCCCUCGGAUAAUGAGGCUUCCCUGAAGGUUUGGGCCAACCUCUUCUUUUAAGCCCGAUGACCCAGCCGGGCUGCCUGGGGAAGGGAGGGCCAGAGUGGAGCCUGCCUCUCCUGCAGGCAGUGCCCACAAUUACUCUGGAGUCAGUGCCAGCUCCCAAAUGAAGCCUCCUCUAGCCUGGGGUCUGGGUGAGAGGACAGGGGCGAAAAAGGAGGCCUCGGAAAGGAGACCCAGCUCACCCCAGACCCAGAGCCCACAAGGCUCUUCCUAGACGCAGGG